AUCAAACCUGUGAAAAUGGAAGACUCUGUUAAGAAUACUAAUGAGAACGGAGGAGAAAUGCCAACGACAGAACAAGUCGACAAGGGACUGAAAGACCGAAAGGUCUCAUGGGCAAAGCUUCGCCAUGUAGACUCACUGAACAUGGAAGCAGGAAAAGUUUCUAAUGGAGAAGGCCAUAGAUCUAAGUUGGACUGGAAAACAACACUGAGUUUGGCGUUCCAGAGUGUUGGUGUGAUUUAUGGGGACAUAGGAACAUCUCCACUUUACGUAUAUUCCAGCACCUUCCCCAAUGGGAUCAAGAACAAAGAUGACUUGCUGGGCGUUUUGUCUAUCAUCAUUUAUACGAUCAUUAUCGUACCAAUGAGCAAAUACGUCUUCAUUGUUUUGUGGGCUAACGAUCACGGCAACGGAGGAACUUUUGCACUUUACUCCUUGAUAUGCCGCUACGCAAAGGUAAGGCUAAUACCUAAUCAGCAGCCAGAGGACAGGGAACUUUCGCACUAUAAACUGGAUACACCAUCAAGCCAGUUGAGAAGAGCUCAAAAGAUAAAAGAUGCACUAGAGAGCAGUAAAGUCAUUCCAAUUAUUCUCUUCUGUGUCACAAUCUUAGGGACUUCCAUGGUUAUUGGAGACGGAAUUCUGACUCCAAGCAUCUCUGUGCUGUCUGCGGUUGGUGGCAUCAAGCAGUUAACAUCAUCUCUCGAUCAAGAUGCUGUUGUCGGAAUUUCCGUAGUAAUCUUGAUCCUUCUCUUUGCGGCACAACAGUUCGGCACAGACAAAGUUGGUAGCACAUUUGCUCCAAUCAUCCUUCUAUGGUUUACUUUCAUUGCUGGCAUUGGUCUCUACAAUAUAUUUAAGCAUGACGUGACUAUUUUGCGUGCUUUUAACCCGAUGUACAUAAUAUACUACUUCCAACGAAAUGGCAAGGCAGCAUGGAUAUCUCUUGGGGGGGCUGUGCUGUGCAUUACAGGUACUGAAGCUAUGUUUGCUGAUCUCGGCCAUUUCUCCGUCCGGGCAAUUCAAAUUAGUUUCUCUGGGAUCGUUUUUCCUGCACUACUGUUCUGUUACAUUGGGCAAACUGCAUACCUCUCCAAAUUUCCGGGUGAUGUUUCUGAUACUUUCUACAAGUCAGUUCCAAAAUCAAUAUAUUGGCCAACCUUCGCCAUUGCCGUUGCUGCUGCAAUUAUUGCGAGCCAAGCUAUGGUAUCUGCCGCAUUUGCAAUCAUAACACAAGCUCUAAGUCUAGGGGCCUUUCCGAGGGUUAAAGUGGUUCACACUUCUGCUAAGUUUGAAGGACAGGUUUACAUUCCUGAGCUCAAUUACCUAAUUAUGACUGCAACUGUUCUAGUCACACUGAUAUUCCGGACUACCGAACAGAUUGGUAAUGCAUAUGGAAUUGCGGUGGUUUCUGUGAUGGUAAUCACAACUCAUUUGGUUACCCUCAUAAUGUUAUUCAUUUGGAAAACAAACAUCUGGUUGGUAGCACUAUUCUAUAUAGUGCUAGCUACCACUGAAGUCACAUAUUUAUCGUCAGUCCUCUAUAAAUUCGUACAAGGAGGUUACCUUCCAGUGGCUUCGUCGCUAGUACUUAUGUCAAUGAUGGGUAUAUGGCACUAUGUUCACAGGAAAAGAUACAUGUUUGAGCUUAAAAACAAAGUUUCUGGCGAUUUUGUCACAGAUCUUGUCAAGAACCCACAUGUAAACAGGAUUCCUGGGAUAGGUUUUCUAUACUCUGAGCUUGUACACGGCAUUCCGCCGAUAUUCCCACACUUUAUUGCCAAUAUACCAUCUAUACACUCAGUCUUGGUGUUUGUUUCCAUAAAACGGCUUCCAGUCAGUAGAGUGGCAGCCGAGGAAUGUUUUCUUUUCAGACAAGUUGAACAAAAAGAGUUUCGAAUGUUCCGUUGUGUGGCACGUUAUGGAUAUAAUGAUGUUGUAGGCAAAUCAGAAGAUUUUGAGCAAGAUUUGGUCCAAAAUUUGAAAGAGUUCAUCCGCUAUGAGUCUUAUGUUAUAGAAUCUGGAUCUUCUGAACAAGAAGUGCCUAGGGUGCCGCAUUCUGGAACUGGGUCGUCAAAUUCAUCCAGUGGAGUAGCUGAGAAAGAGAUGGAGUUUGUACAGAAAGCACUGGAAAAGGGUGUGGUAUACCUAUUGGGAGAAACAGAAGUGGUGGCAGAGGAGAAUUCCUCUAUACUUAAGAAGGCAGUAGUUAACUAUCUCUACAAUUUUCUGAGAAAGAAUCUAAGGGAAAAUGAUAAGAUAUUGUCGAUUCCACAUCGCAAGCUUCUCCGGGUUGGUAUGACAUAUGAGAUAUAACUAGUUUAUGAAGUUGGUGUCUUUGCACAGGCUCAAGAAUGGCUGUAUGUGUGCAACUUACAAUUGGGUGCUGCUUAUGUUUUUCUUUUCUUUCAGGAACAUUGAGUGGGUGGUUUCUAACUGUAUGUUGUAUGGCUUUGUUUCUUCUUCUUUGGCAGAAGAUUCAUUAGGAUUCUUCCUUUCUUUACUUGUCAACAUGAUGAUCGCCCCAUCAACAUGUUCCUGUA